CGGCAGUGGAAGCAGUCAGUUGGAAUUCACUCCUUUGUCCAAAAGUAUCGCGACAUUUACGCGGCUUCUCGAAUUCUCUGCGUUAGCACCUGCAUUUACUGGCGAUACCUUGAAUACUUUAAAUAAACAAAUUUUACGUUUAAUCGAAAGUUCAACAUCGUAUUACUUACAAUAUGUACAGGAUAUUUUUUAUUUUAUUUAGCAUUUUGCAGAGCUUCUCAAGUACAGCUGAUGCGCUCAUCGCUAGCAAUACAAAAUCAAUCAAUAUGGAUGAAUGUCCAUCAUUUAUCGUAUCCAUCGGCACGGAGAACAAUCACAUCUGCGGUGGAGCUCUCAUAUCGCAAAGACACGUCCUCACAUCCGAACUCUGCGUACAAAAUCAAAGAGCGAAAAAUUUGAAAGUAUCAAUCGGUCCCACAGAUUUGCUCUCCGAUAGCAAUUACGAGUACGUAAACGUUGAGUCAGUCAUGCGUUUCGACGACUGGAUCAAACGUCAUCAUUCGACAUUUUACCCUAACAACGACAUUGCUAUUUUAACGUUGAAGCAAGCAGUGACUGACGUGAAGCCAGGAUUGAUUAACGAUACAUCUCUAAACAUUAAUUUCUACGGUAAAAACGUAGUGACAGUAGGUUGGGAGCAGGACGACGAUAAAAAUCUUUUGAGAUGCUUACAAACAAGUGUUUUAAAAGUGUUGACGCCGGAUCAGUGUAAUGAAAAUCUUUAUAGACUGACGGGGAGUCGAUUUAAGAUCAAUGAAAAAUACUUCUGCACUAUCGGAGCCUCUCAAUUGCUCGGCAAGGAAAAUGAAGGCAGUCCGAUAUUAUACAAUAAUUUAAUUAUCGGAGUGAACCAUGGAAAAUUCAUAGAUAUCAUUGGAGAUCGACACGUUGAGCAGGACUUACAUAUAGGUUUAGAAUAUUACCAAAGAUUUAUCCAGGACAUUUUGAGCAAUGCUUAAUUUUCUACAAGUUUUACAGCUUGUUUUAUAAGUGUUAUGAAAAGUCAUUGAAAAACUAUGUUACUCUUUUGAAACUCAUAUGUCAACUAUA